UUUAAUACAAAUAUGGACCUGUCAGAAAACCUGAAUUCCCUUGCUGCUGCCUGUCUUCCUGUUAUUUCUAUAACAUAAAUUUCUUCUUUAAAUCUGUCUUUCUCCAUUUCUGUCACGAACUCCUAACAAGAAACCAAAUUUUGCAGUUUUCAAUAUAUCAUAUCUUUAUUAUUGUUCUCUAGCUACUAGAAUGAGCGAUAUAAUUGUUUCUUGUUUCAGUGAAAACGCAGUAAAUGUUUCUCAUUCAUGUUCUAGCUAUUCAAGCAACGCUUGUAUCUCUCCAAGCCUAGUUCCUUCAGUCCAGAAUGCAGUCACAGUUAUUUACAAAGUCUUUCUUUCAACUGGGAAGCAGCUAUUGAUAAAAGUCACUUGGUGCAAGAAUCAAACUGGUCAAGGGCUAAGCAUAAAAUUUGGUGAUGACCCUUCAACAUGUUUCAAGCUCAACACGAAUUUGAGGUUUUUCAAGAAGAAGAAGGGCAGCAAAGUGAUUGAAACUGGUCAUUCGAAGAUCGAAGUAUUUUGGGAUCUUUCUACUGCUAAGUAUGAUGCAGGACCUGAACCGGUUGAUGGAUUCUAUGUCCUGGUCAUGGUUGAUUCAGAGAUAGGCCUUAUUCUAGGUAAUAUGGCUGAAGAAGCUGUCACCAAGAAGUUGAAGACUACCGCCACAGUUGCUAAAGUCUCAGUCAUAGCUCGGCAAGAACAUUGUUCAGGCAAUACACUUUAUUCCACCAAGGCUCAAUUCUGUGAUACAGGCAUUGUACAUGAUAUUUUGAUCAGAUGUAGUGGAGAACAUGAAAGCCAAAAGCAUCCAGUUUUAUCAGUGUGUAUCGAUCAGAAGACAGUGAUUAGCGUAAAGAGACUGCAGUGGAAUUUUAGAGGAAACCAGACAAUAUUUGUUGAUGGAUUGCCAGUUGAUCUGAUGUGGGAUGUGCAUGACUGGUUCUUCAAUCCUGCCCCUGGUUCUGCUGUGUUCAUGUUCAGGACAAGAAGUGGAUUGGAUAGCCAGCUUUGGUUGGAGGAGAAGUUGGAGCAGAAAGAUCAAGACAGAAUUGAAUUCUCGUUAUUGAUUUAUGCCUGUAAGAGCACAUAGAGAAACUGACUUCCUUCAUGUCUCUUCUUUUUUCCCCUUUCUACUGAGUUCUUCCAUCAUAUGAGAAAGCAUAAUAUUUUAGUUCUGAGUUGCAGAACUGUUCAUCUACUUCCUCUAGACUAGAUUCAGGAUGGUAAUCAAAAUUUAAUCUUAAUAAUGCCAGUAAGAAUGUGAAUGUAGGACAUUGAUGUGUAUUCAAUCCAGUA